AUGCUACCUAUUUGUUUCUGUGUUUCGUUUUGUUAACUUUAAUAACGAACCUCCUUACCGUGUAACCAUAAACAAAUUAAAACGCGUGACAACACUGGCCGGCGAACUCACGGCUCGACAACCGGUCAACAUGUCAUGUCAAACGUCGCAACUAGUCAAUCAAACCAAAACUUUUCAUCAAAAUGCAUUCCGUAAUGUGUCCUAGAACCUGCCUAGGGUUCACCAACUUCUUAUUCUUCUUCAUGGGACUUAUCGGCUUCGGUAUUUGCUUGUGGUGCGCCAUCAACACGGAACUAUUCAGGGACUUGAACUACACUGUCACUAGAAGCGAACUAGUCGGCACCAUAGCUGACUUCGUGAACCUAAAGCUAUGGCUGACGCCGUUGACGACAGUCAUCAGCGCUGCGGCUAUCGUCGCCAUGUUAACAACUUGUUGCGGCAUCCUCGGCGCUGGCUGCAAGACGAAAUGCGCCAUCAAAUCAUAUAUCUUCCUAGUUUCCGUUAUAUGCUCUGUAGCUUUCUGGUUCAUCUACAUAUCCUGCAUCUACAAUAUAUAUUCGGAUAACGAGAAGACACGCAAGUUUCUACAAAGCACACUGCGCACGCAAUACGGUAAAGAAAACGAUCUGUUUACAUCGCUAUGGAACUAUAUAAUGGUGAACUACGAAUGCUGUGGAGUCGUGAGUUUCGCUGACUUCAAGGAUUCAUAUUGGGUCAGAAUGAACCCUGACAAAUUGUUCCCAGUGCAGUGUUGCAAUUUACAGAAUCGUACACAUCUAAUACCUUCAUCUAAAGAUUGUCAGGUAACGCUUGAAUUCGGUACGUUUAAUUCGAUGGGAUGUUUUCAAGCAUUAAGACAAUCGCUGGUGGACAGCAAAGUGCUUAUAAUACUGUCUUGUAUAAUGUGUUUCUGUGCGUACGCUUCACUGAUGUCGUUUGCGUACUGCGUGUUGCGAGGGGAGCCUUUAAUAACGGAUACCGACGGGUACAUGUACGGGGCGCGGCGGCGGCUGCGGUUCGCGGAGCCCGAGCAGUCGGAGAGCUCGCUGCAGAACAUGAUGUUUGUGAACGACGUGUCCGAACCGACCACGAAGGUCGUGCGGGUAGUGUCGGCGGGCAACCCUUACCAGAAGUACAAAUAUUAUCCGGAGCCAGUGUAGUUUUGUAAAUUUGUUUAAUAAAUGGAUGGUGUUAUUACAUUGCUUUUUCUUUUCCUCAAAACACGAUUCUGAAGACAAUUAACAACCCCAACUCAACUGUGCGUUUCUCCAGAAACUUCCCGCCCCGCACAGCUAAACUGUGGAUUGAAUUGUCGCCUACCGCAGGACUUCCGGACCGAUACGACCUUCAAACCUUCAAGAAACGCACACCCAUCUUAAAGGCCGGCAACGCACCUCCAAUACUUCUGGUGUU